CAUGACUUUACAUUAUUGCCAUUAACAAAAACAUAAUCAGCUGAUUGAUUACUUUCUUCUUUUGGAUAUUAAUUUAGCUGAUCGCGGUCGCUAUGCAGUAGUUUUUUGUUAAGAAAUGUUUUAAUUUAAUAAAUCUUGAUUUUUAGUUAAAAUUCAGUUCUACAUAGUCAAGAAAAAGUUUUGAAAAAUCAUAAUAGUUGAAACGUUGUUGCCAUGUUUGUUCAGUCUUGUCGAGUGCUGUCAAAUUUUGUAUUUUUAUGUAAUUCAAAAUAAAAAAUUCAAAAUUACAAAUAAAUAGGUUUGUGCUUGGGGAAUAGUCUGCAAAAACUAGGAUUUAAUAAUAAAACAUGGGAACUGUUCAUGCAAAGGCAGCCGACAAUUCAGGGGAGGUGGGAGGCGGGCUGUUCGAGUUUGACGAGCCGAUCGAGUUGGAUGAGGAGCCCAUACCCAAGCCCACCAUCAAGCUGGACGGAGUUAGGGCCCGUGUUGACAGAGUCCACGUGGACGGACUGAACCGGACCAAGGAUGACAUCAUCAAGAGCACCGUCGACGAGCUGUUCCACGCCACUGACUUCGAGGACGUCAUCAUGAGGGCACAUAAGGUGCGUCGCGCUCUAGACGCGAUGGGGUGCUUCCGAGACAUCGGGGUCUUCAUCGACGUGUCUUCAGGGCCCGGCGCCACGCCCGAGGGGCUCGAGGUAACAUUUCAAGUGAAAGAGCUGUCCCGCAUCGUGGGAGGCGUCAACACCACCGUCAGCGAAAACGAGGGCAACUUGGUGUUAGGCGUGAAAAUGCCGAACGUGGCGGGUCGCGGCGAACGCCUCGCGGCCGAGUACAGCAUGGGCUACCGAUCCUCUUCCAACUUCAGCCUGCAGGCCACCAAGCCCUACCCGCACAAGCCCUUAGUACCCGUGGUGUCAGCGACGGUGUACCAGCAGAACCACGAGUACCCCUGGUCUGGCUACCGACUGCUGGACCGCGGUCUAUUGUUGGACCUGGCCUUCAAAAGCGCGCAGGCGACGAAACACAACAUCCAGUGGGAAGGACUGGUGCGUGAUACUUCUGUCCUGAGCAAGACCACGAGCUUCCGAGUACGCGAGAGUAGCGGUCCUCAAAUGAAGUCGGUCAUCCGCCACAUAGUCUCCGUCGACCACCGCGACGAAGGCGUGUUUCCAACCCGCGGGUCGUGGGUUCAGUUCGCGAGCGAGCUGGCGGGGCUGGGCGGCGGCGUGGCGCACCUCAAGACGGAGUUACACGCGCAGGCGAAUGUACCUGUUGCUGAUACGCUGGUGGUUCAACUAUCAGGCGCGGCGGGCGUCCUGCACGACGUGUUCGGCACGGAGCUGGCCGACCACUUCUUCCUGGGCGGGCCCACCUCGCUGCGGGGCUUCAGACAGCGCGGCGUCGGACCGCACUGCGACGGGCAGGCCACUGGCGGGCGAACGUACUGGGCAGCCGGUCUGCACGUGUUCGGGCCGCUACCAUUCGCGAGCGCUCGCAACGGCAUCGCGGCGCUGUUCAGAAGCCACGCCUUCCUCAACAUGGGCUGCCUGGCGCACCCCGAAGAGAGCACGAUGUCUACCCUAGAAGCUUUAUCUGCCGUGCGCAUAUCUUGCGGCGCCGGCGUCGCAUUACGCGUGGGUCGCGCGGCGAGACUGGAGCUCAACUACUGCGUGCCUCUGAAGGCUUCCGCUGCCGAUGUCUCCGCGCCUGGCCUGCAGUUCGGCGUGGGAGCUACCUUCUUAUAGACAUGGAGCCAAGUCAGCCAAGUCAAGCAUCAUGACAUCGGAAACAAACAGCCAAGUAUUUAUGUGCCCGUAAAAUCUAAAUUCUAGUGAAGUCACCGGUUGUAAAAAUAGUAUAGUGUUGUUAUUAAAUUAAUAUACAGAUUUUAAGUUUUUA